AUGACGUCGACAGAGGGAAGUGGCCGCCGCCUUGCGCCAUCGCCUGCUCACUUCGCCGACGUUACCGUUCGCGAGCCUGAAGCCGCCAGCUCGGCGGUUGUGCGACUUUUGAAGUACAAGGGCGGCCUCUACAUCACCCUGCCCACCCGCAAGAGGAAUGUCUCCUCCUACAAGUUGCCGAGCAGGGAACGGUAUACCAACAUGACCGACAUAGUGACGCGUUGGUUCGCCAUCCGCUUCAACCCCGAAACGUUUGUGGUCAACACCGGCGACUACACUUUCGCCAAGAGCACAGGGUACAACAAGCACCACGCGGGCGAGGGUCCCUUCACGACCACCCACGUCCCCUUCGCCACCUGCUUCGGUUACUCCACCCUCCUCCAAUUCCUGGACGACGGCACCGCCGUGGUCGACCUGCGCGGCACUCCAUUCGCAGUGCCCAACAAGUUUGACUUCGGUGGGUACAUCGCCAACGGGACAUGGACCUACUCGCACCGAGCGCAGGUGGUGCAGCUUACUGGCGGGGGCUAUUGUGGCUGGACGGCGCCGGUGGAGGUGGCCAAAAACGAGCACUUGGCCUGCAAUGGCGGGUGGCACCUCACGCUCAGCCUGCGACGAUUGCACAACCCCUUCAUCGGUGAUGACCCUGGCGCGAUGCUCGGCGUCUGGCUGGGCAACGGACUGGUGGUGCUCGGGGUGCUGCUUCUCGCCGUGCGCGUAUACAUCGCCCGCACGUUGGCCCGCAUGCGCCAUGUGCAGACCGGACAGCCCAUCCCCGCGCCGGCGUUCUUCCCGCCCAAUUAUCUGGACCGCUUCCUGCCAGCCCGACCCCAGAAGCCCGGCUCCUCGAAUCCCAUUCAAGAUGCGCUGAGGGAGAGACGAGACUAUGGGCCGACUUAUGUCACUUGGAAGGGAUGGACGCCGUUUGUGGUCGUCUGCGAGGCCGAAGACGCUCGCCGAGUGCUGAAUGACAAGGGAUUCGACAAGACAGGCGUGCCCAAGGGUUCUACCUUGUCCCGCGUGAUGGGCUCCAGCCUGGUCACUGCGGACGGCGACAAAUGGAAGGCCCAGCGAAGGGCUAUGGAUCCGGCGUUCAAGUACAAGAAGAUCCGUACCCUGGUGCCCAUGUUUGCCAGCUGCACGCGCAAGCUCAUCAACAGAUGGGGCCAGCAGCUCGAUCAGCCAAUCCCUGUGGAGGACGGCAUCACGAAGCUUACCCUGGAUGCCAUCGGUAUGGGCGCGUUCGGUUACGACUUUGGGGCGGUGGACGGGUCCAUGGAGCUGAGCAAGAAUCUGAAGCACUACUACCGAAUUCUCGGGGACGUGUUCCGCCCCUCCGCCGACAGGAAGGCGGUGGAGCAAUCGAUCCAGGAAUUCCAGGCAUUCCUGCAACACGUCAUCACCACCCACAGAGCGGGCGGUUGUAGUGAUGAGAGGAAUCCUGAUCUGCUCGACCACAUCAUCGCGAUGGGCGAAGACGGCCAACUCACCGACAAAGAGAUCAGCCACAAUCUGUUCCUCUUUUUCCUGGCCGGCCAUGACACCUCAUCGAGCGCUUUGACCGCUGCGCUCUACUUUUUUGCCGAACACCCGGGCAUGCAAGAAAAGGCCUUCCAGGAGGUUCAGUCCGUGCUUGGAGGCCGAGACGACUUCGAUUUUGCCCAACUCUCGAAGUUGGAGUACCUGGCGAUGUUCCUGAAGGAAACGCUUCGCGUGCGGCCGCCCGUGAGCCAGACCGGCGCGGCAGGGCGCACGGUCACCGCCGACGCGGGAGUGGUGCUGGGCGGCUAUGUCAUACCCAAGGGCGUGACCGUGUCGCCCUCCAUCGCGGCUCUCAACUACGACGAAAACCAAUGGCCGGAUCCCUACACCUUCAAGCCUGAGCGAUUCGCCGACAAGCAGACGGCCAAGAGGGACAUUUGGAGUUUCUCCACCGGCCCAAGAGUGUGUGUGGGCAAGAAGUUCGCGAUGACGGAGAUGCUGACAGUCCUGGCCAUGCUCCUGCAGCAGUUCGAAUUCGAGCUGGUGAGUCCCGACUACGAGUGGAAGUUCCGCCCGCUGGGGAUCACCCUGCGCCCGCUCGAUGGGUUGCCUCUGCGUCUGGAGCGCCGCCGGCCUCUGAGGAAUUGCUGA